AUGCUACGAACACCAGCAUUUCUUGUUGAUCACAGUGGCUCUUCGACUCCCUUAGCUCGAUCAAUUGAAGAUGAUGUCCAACCGAAUUCAAUCCGAUGGGGCUCAAUAUCUUCAACGCAGCCUGUUCUUUCAGGCCCGGAACAGAUUCGCGUAUAUCACGAAUGGAUUGAUGCCGGGAAGCCUCAUAAUAUAGUUUGCUGGGAGUGCCGCCUCCCCGACAGUCUAAUUGGAUGUCAAACAUGCUGUAGAUCCUAUCAUACAGCAUGUCUCCAGGAUGUGGUACGCUCCGCAAAUAACUUCUACUGUCCCUCUUGUCGGGCACGAGGUUGGGAUCAAGCGCCACCCAAGUUUCCAACGCCGUCUCCGGCACCAGCUGGCUCUGGAUGUGCAACUCCCAGCGUUCGUAAUUCGCAAGCCCAGGACUCACCAUCUAAAACCACUCAAGUUCACGAUGGAAAAUCACCAUUGGGAUCAAAGUGUAAAUCAUCCGGAGUUCCUCGGAUGGCGCCUCCUGCGUGGAACAGGAUCGAUGAAUCUAAUGGUCAAGGUAUACCAACUGAGCUAUCUCCCAUUUCAGAGAUGUACCCUGAGCUCUUGAAAUAUCUAUCUCGGCCAGAUGAUGACACUGAUCAGUCCGUCAAUGGAGCGCAGUUCAAAACCCAGCUCAAUCUAAUGAUGCAAGAGAUCGAAUCACAUCGGACCUUAAUGCAAGAGAAGACUAAUCUGGAAGAGGAAUAUUUCAGAACACAGAAUGAGAACACACAAAUCAAAGCAUACCUUGACUCUAGGUUAUCGCGAGAGUCCACCAUUGCCAGUCCUUCGACAUUUUCACACAGCAUACCAAGACCCCCAGCACAACGAAGCGAGAGGUCCUGGGAUAGCAUCGCCCUCGAUUUGAUUUGA